GCUUGAUGAUGUGAGCAGAAGGAGGAGAGGGGAGUUCUGCCAGGCUCGUUUUCCUCCUCUUAUGGCAGCAGAGUGGCUGAAAUGUACACUUUUGUGGCUGCUGUUGUGCCUCUGUGUCCGGCUGUCCGACACCAUAAACUCCCGCGUUUCUAUGAACGAUGACGUCCUGCUGCCGUACCCCCCCGGCCACGGGCCCUCCCGCUCUCACCGCCACGUCCGAGAGUGUCAGCACGUCAUCCACGGAAACAUCACCUAUGAGAGCUGGCCGUCCAGCAGCCACGGCGGGCGGCCGGUCGCAGAGUCAAAGGUGUUUGUGUCGGACGUGCCGGGAAGCUCCAGGAUGGUUUACGGUCACAUGACGGUGGUCCACGACCCGCUGAGGUCCGUGUCGGUGCUGGAGCCGGGAGGACCGGGCGGCUGCGGGAGCAACCGGACCGUCUCCGUGGCGGAGACGGCCGAGGCCGCGGGCUGCCUGUACGCCCAGAACGCCGGCUUCUUCAACACCAAGUCGGGCGCGUGUCUGGGCAACGUGGUGAGCGACGGCACAGCGGUGCGAGACAGCGGCGGUGUGCAGAAUGCCCAGUUUGGGAUCAGGAAGGACGGCAGCCUGGUGUUCGGGUAUCUGUCACAGGACGACGUUCUGGACCAGUCCAACCCGUUUGUCCAGCUGGUCAGCGGUGUGAUAUGGCUGCUGAGGAACGGCACCGUUUACAUCAGCCAGAGCCUGGAGGCCGAGUGCGAUAAGACGCAGGAGACAGGCUCCCUCCAGAAGUUUGUGAACGUGGUGUCGGCCCGGACAGCGGUGGGCCACGACGCAGAGGGCCAGCUCAUCCUGUUUCAUAUCGACGGGCAGACUGGAGUCAGGGGUAUGAAUCUGUGGGAGGUGGCUGAAUACCUGAAGAGUUAUGGAGUGAUCAACGCCAUUAAUCUGGAUGGAGGCGGAUCGUCCACCUACGUGGUCAAUGGCUCUUUGGCCAGCUACCCCUCUGACCACUGUAAACCCGACAGCAGGUGGCGCUGCGACCGAAACGUCUCCACCGUGCUGUGUAUCCACCCUCCCCGCUGCCGGCCGGUGAACUGCAGUGGGAACGGCGACUGCGUGGACGGACGCUGUCGCUGUCAGGAGGGCUGGCAGGGCGCCGCCUGCGACUCUCUGGUGUGUCAGCCGCCGGCCUGCGGCGCCCACGGCGUCUGCACCGCAGGUGGCUGUGUGUGUGAUGCUGGAUGGAGAGGAAAGAACUGUAGCCAAGAGUGCCUUCCCGGUUUUUACGGUGACGGCUGCAAUCAGACGUGUUCCUGCAUCAACGGCGGUUCCUGCGACCACGUUUACGGACGCUGCGCCUGCCCUCCUGGUUUCACAGGAGACGCAUGUGAACAAGUGUGUCCUCUGGGUUUCUUUGGCCCGUCCUGCACUCUGGAGUGUCACUGCGACGACAUGUGUCCCUGCGACCCACAGACAGGAAGCUGCAACGCCACGCUGCGAGGAGACGCCAACCACACCUUACACAGAGGAGUGGACACGUCUCAGGUCUUGCUUCCUCUGUCCUCUUCAGCUGGACACUGUCUGGCCACUCAGAUGUUUACGUUGUGGAAACGGGAGGCAGAGGCUGACAGGGAGCAGCCUUAUCUGAGCGAGCGGACGUGGCUCGCCGUCACCCUCACCCUGGCCUUCCUCCUCCUGUCCAGCCUGACGGUCCACCUGGUGCAGGUGUGCCGCGGCUCGGUGAUGUCGGGCUUCCCCGAGCGGCGGGAUUACUCCUACGUCCCUCUGACGGACAUCAACGGCGCCGCCUCGCGCUCCCGGACCGGCGCCGGGAAGCCCGGGAACGCUGGGUUCGAACUGGACGACUCGGACUCUCAGGAUGAAAUCUGGUCUCCGUCUCACUUGGGGAGGUCAGAGCGGUCGUGAAGCCCGAGGACGGCGAGCGAGGACAGUGGGACCGCACAAAGACGUUUGGACAGAAAUCCCCAGAUCUGCUAGAUUGAACCAGUUUUGUUUCUUUUGUCAUAAUUUAUAUCAGAUUGCACAGCAGGCUUUUCCACAGAAACUCUCAGUUCUGUUUCUUUUCUGGCCAAAAUGUUUAAAUUUGACAAAAAGAGGUGGGAAAGCUUUAUUUUAUCUUAUAUAUGAAAACAGCAUUGAUUAUAAUGAUUGUUUGUGUUUUGGGACAUUUAAACAAAUUAUUAGCUGAAAAAAGGACACAGAAAUGGAAUAUUAAAGCAGUAUUUUUGAUAUAUGUGCUGUAAGUUUGAUACUCAUGAUUGUUUUUGCAGAGAUUUUUUGGGAUGUUUGAAAGUUAAAAAGAAAAACACGUUUCUGUGACAGACAUUUUACCAUUGACCCAAAAAAACACUGCGGUGCCAUUUACCAUCAGUCGUUCAGAUUGUCUCCAGACUCAUUUGGUGUGUAUCAAGUGAUAGAUAUACCAGAUAAACAGAGGUGUGUUCUGCACAAACACACACAUGAAUCACCUUAUUUUCCUGACGUCAUUCCUGGUAUUGAAGUCAUCCUGCUGUCGUUUGAUUUAUUCUGCAGAGAAGCAUCAACUGAAGUCAAGGUUCAGGUUUUAACUGAACCAGUCCAGGAUAAAUUCAAACUUCUUUGGUGACACAGACUUUCCAGCUUAUUUGCUUUGAAUCGCAUUAAUGUUGUCGUCACAAGCGGAUUGUUUCUGCAAUGCCAAUAUUACUUUUUCUCAAUUUUAAAUUACAGAGCAGCACAGUCGUCUCUGUUGUGAAAUAUUUUGCUGAAAUCAAACGAGCAUUAUCAUAUAAUUUAUGAAGAUAAACAUUUCAACGUAGCAGGUUAUGACUGUUUUUUCUUAUAUUAGGAGAGCGAGUUUCUAUCCGGCUGUUGCUUCAUUUAUUUAUUUGAUUGCAGAGUUCGUCACAGUAACUCUUUCCGACUGUCUUCUUGUCUGGAUUUUACCCAGGAUGCCGGGACUGCAGUUAUAAAACUACAUUUACAUGGUUUCACACUGAUGAUGAAUGUGAAGAGAAACACUCCGGGUCUUCACCAUUAAUCCAGCGUUGCUCUUAUUUUGGCCUAAAUGCUUCUGGAGGUGGGUUUUUUUCGUGUCUCUCUGACAGUGUGAGCGUGAUUUUCAGACACGCUUCAAUGUCUUCUGUUCGUUUUGUCGCAGCAUCAGCGGCCGGUUAGCACCCGGACUCCCGGAUGAUUCAGCAGAUUGUUUAUUUUCAGAGAAGAGCAGGUCAGCUGAGGCCGAGGUUUCACCCGCAGGUCACUGAACCUUUUAGAGCAUUUUUGGCGUGUGGCAGGGCAUCGGCUCGACCUCUGACCUCCUCCUUCUUGUCACUUUAACCAUCCUGGCUCUGGUUUCACUUUGAGCUUCCUCCAGACUUCUUUUUGUUUAACUCAUUCACUGGUGCCUGAUUUUACCAAUUCCAUCUUGUUUGGACCAUAAUAAAAUCAUAAAUUCUA